AUGUCUCAAUCUCAAGCAAGUUUCAUAGAAGAAGCGAGGGCAUCUCUCAAGAAUCAAGUGGAUUCCAUAAAGAAUCUAGAGAAUCAAAUUGGUCAUGUUGCUAGACAAAUGGCUGAGAGGCCUCCAGCUUUAGAAAAUAUGCCUAGUUAUGCUAAGUUUAUGAAGAGCUUGCUUUCAAGGAAGCACAAGCUUAAAGAAGAAAUGGAAACAAUAGCUUUGACAGCGGAAUGCAGUGCUACCAUUCAGAAGAAAAUACCACUGAAGCUCAAAGAUCCUGCCAGUUUCAGCAUAUCAUGCACUCUCGAGAAUGUUCAUGUGGGUAAAGCAAUUUGUGAACUAGGGGCUAGCAUCAAUUUUAUGCCACUUCCCUUUGCCAAAUCUUUGGGAAUCACUGAACUAAAGUCUACACUUUUGUCGCUGCAACUUGCAGACAGAUCUAUUAAGAAACCUGAAGGAGUGGUUGAAAAUGUAUUGGUAAAAGUAAAUGAUUACAUUUUCCCUGCUGAUUUUGUGGUUUUAGAUAUGGAAGCAGAUAGUGAAGGAGAGCUUCUAUUUAGGGUCAAUGGUGAGCAGUAUACUGUCAAUGAUUUUGAAGCCAUGAAAUGCCCGGAAGAAAAAGGUGCCUGCUUUCAAAUCGACGUCAUCGGCGAAGUUGUAGCAGCAAUUGCUGAUGAGAUUAAUGCUGCACCAACAAUAGAAUAG